CUCAGCGGGAGCACUAUUACAUCUCCACGCUUUCAUUCUCUCUCCGUCUGCUAUAUAAAAAAUGGCGAGCUGCGCACACUUAGCCAAAAUGCUGGCUCAAUCCCAUCUGUCCGCCCAGACCCGAGCUCCGAUCAUCUUCCCUUCGGUUCCAUCCCCGAUCUCUCGGUCCAACCCUCCAAACCUGCUCUCCUUCUCAGCCCUGGGUUCUCCAAUCCCAGUCCCCCUCGCGCUCAAGUCCCCUCCCCCGAUGGCCUCCGCCGGUGCCGUCCCGUCCGGUAAUCACACUCAGGCCCUCGACCCGGGUCCCGAGGAGGACGAGCUCGGCCGGUUCGCCGGGGUCGCCAAUAGGGCUGCGGACGCCGCCGGAGAGGUGAUCCAGAAGUAUUUCCGGAAGAAGUUCGAGAUUCUCGAUAAGGAGGACCUGAGUCCAGUGACGAUCGCGGAUCAAGCAGCUGAAGAGGCAAUGGUCUCGAUUAUAUUGGGGAGUUUCCCUGCUCAUGCAAUUUAUGGAGAGGAGAAGGGAUGGAGGUGCAAGGAGAAAUCUGCAGAUUAUGUCUGGGUUCUGGAUCCGAUAGAUGGGACAAAGAGCUUUAUAACUGGAAAGCCUUUGUUUGGUACUCUGAUUGCUCUUUUACAUAAGGGUAAACCGAUUCUUGGCAUAAUUGAUCAACCAAUUCUAAAGGAAAGAUGGGUUGGGAUAACGGGAAAGAGAACUACACUAAAUGGAGAAGAACUGUCGACACGUGUAUGCACAAAAAUAUCCCAGGCAUAUCUAUACACAACAAGUCCGCAUCUCUUCAAGAAAGAGGCUGAAGAGGCAUUUGGCCGUGUUAGAAGCAAGGUAAAAGUGCCGCUAUAUGGCUGUGAUUGCUAUGCAUAUGCUCUUUUGGCUUCUGGCUUUGUGGAUCUUGUCAUUGAGUCCGGUCUAAAGCCAUACGAUUUUCUUGCUCUGAUACCUGUGAUUGAAGGAGCUGGGGGUAUUAUAACUGAUUGGAAAGGCCACCGACUUUAUUGGGAACCUUCUCUGGAUUCACGUGCGCAAGGUUUUAAUGUUGUGGCAGCAGGAGACAAACAAGUUCACCAGCAAGCUCUUGAUUUAUUACAGUGGCAGUAAGAUCUCGAUUAGUAGCAAUUGAUUUGCCAUAGAACUUGCAAUUCUUUGGUUCUAAUGCUCGUUAUUCUGGCAAUUUAUUGCAAGAACCAUUACGACCUUGUGGAUCUCAUGAACUGGUGUAGGUUAGAAGGUUAGUGAAAGGUGGAUAAUAUUUGAGCAAGUGUUAGACACUGAUAAAAUUCUGAGUUAAAACCUGAAGUAACAUCGAGUUCUGAGUGACAACUCAAAAGAAGAUGGUUGCUCCUCUCAAA